AUGUCUCGAGUCGAUUCUUUACACGGCUACGAACUAUACAUUGGGAGGAAGGGUUGUACAAGGGCACUUUGGUUAAAGUCAAUGUAUGUUGUCUGGAGGGCAGAGGCAGGGGUUCGGGAGGCUGCAGUAGAGGCAUAUGUCUUGGUGGCUAUUGAAAUACUAUCUGUUGCAGUAUUAAUGGAGGUUGCUGUUUUCGUAUCUCUUGAACAGAUUCGCCACGUUGAGGGUCCCAUCGCUGCUUCCAGAGUACAGGGCAAUACCCCAGAGGCUGGUCAAGGACAGGCUCUGCACUUUUCGUCGGCUCUUCGAGACUGGAGUGAUGCUAUCCAUGCCAGGCUUUAUCAAAGUCCUUGUAAGCACGACAUACGAGAUUAUAAAGGCGCGCGAGUCAAGCGUACCACUGUGAUUGCGAUCGAAUGCAUUAGUAAUGAUGGUAGUUAUUUAAACACUAUGAUUAUUUGGCCAGCGAAUUCCCAUCGAAGCAACUGGACCACGUUCCCUACCCCUAAAUGGCAAUAUGCAUGCUCUGACUCUGAGUUCUGUUUCAAGAAUAAUAUUCUUUUAUGUCGUCUCCCCUUUCAUACCUCCCACAAGCUCCAACCUUGUGAUGUAGCAGUGUUUGCUCCACUCAAGGCGACUUAUCGAGAGACUGCCGCACGAUAUUUUAAUAGAGUUGAUAGAUGGAUAGAUUGA